UAACCUAUUUUAAUAUGAUCGGUAUCGCGAAGAGAACGUAUGGCUGUUUAAGUGAAAUUUGAAAGACCAUAUUGCAAACAUGCUAUUUGUUAAAUGUAAAUGGAAGAUGGUGUUUUUACUCUUUUACUUCGUGUCAUUUAAUGUGUUUGAGUGCUUACCUGUAAAUACCGUUAACACUGGUGAAAUUAUCCCAGAAUUGGAUGUAGAUAAAGUGACUGCAGAUAUAACGGUUGACGAAGAUCAUAAUGUUACUUUUCCUUUAAAUAUAACAAGGGCCUCGUUAAGAGGAGAUGUAAGACCAGGACAAAUAGUCAGACAAUACGCAAUUGAGUUGACUAUAAAUAAUAGCACAUUUGAUGGAAGAGUGGUGAUGAAUGUGGAAAUCGAAUCAACAACAAGAGAAAAUCCAAUAAUCUUUCAUAUGGAAGGUCUACGAGUCCGAAAUGUGUUUGCUGGAUUUAUUAAUAACUUAAAUCCAGACCCGGCUAGUUUUCGGUCACGUAACGGAAGAUUGGAAAUAUCUCCAGCCAGAUUAUCUUUGACUUAUACUGUUAUAGUUGAAUACUCAGGAUCGCUAGAUAAUGUGGGACAUGGUUUAUAUGUGGGAGGGGAUCCUGAAAAUACUUACGUAGCCAUGAACUUGCACCCGACGAACGCAAGACGUGUCUUUCCGUGCAUGGACGAACCGACAGAAGCAUCCACAAUUUCUUUUACAUUUAACAAUUUGAACUACAACCAUUUGGUCGGGAAUUCUAUGUUGGUAGAAAACAGUCAAAACACGUUCGUUUCUAUGAUGGGCCCGCCUAAUAUUUGGGGCAUGAUCGCACACAACUUUGAAAGCAUGCUCGUCCCUACACCAGGAGUCCAAGUCUACGGACGCACAGGCCUUACCAACCAAGAUGCCCAAGCCGUGGCCAUCAACUUUUUUUACAACACCCUUAACACUUGGACUAACAAGGAAUAUCUUGAAAUCGAUGUAAACCAAGACGGAAGAAUGGUCAUAUUAGCUCUGCCCGAUGUUGAUACAGAAUGGAGCGCUUUAUCUACAGUGGCUAUUUGGGAGCCAUAUGUAGUCAUGGCCACACAACAAUCAGUGAAGCAAAGAAGUAUAGCAUUAGUGAAAGUAGCAGAAGCUAUGGCAAGACAAUGGUUCGGCUAUGUGAUAUACCCUGAAAACUGGAGGUACGAGUGGGUAAUAUCAGGUUUGGGGUCUUAUGCGGCGUGGGAGAUUUUAAGAGAGUUCCAAGAAAUGACAGGGGGUGCAACAGACGUAUCUCUCCUAGACGUAAACACAUUGUUCGUGACUGAAGUGAUUCAAGAAAGUCUGAUUCGUGAUGCUUCACUGACCUCCAGAAUCUUAGAGCCGAAUGAAGAUAUAUUCGAUAUUGGAGAAAUAAGGGAACAUAGAAAAAGUGUGAAGUACAAGUCACUUGCGCUUAUGAGAAUGUUAAAGCUUAUCCUAGGAGGAGAUGAUCAAGAUUUCAUUCAAAUUGCUUGCCAAUCGCUGCUUAAUUCAAGGUCACUGCAAACAGUUAAUGCUAUUAAUUUCUACGACGCAAUUAACAGUGAAUUCGGUGGUAAUGAAUUUAUUGAGGAUGUAGAAGAGUAUAUGGAGCAGUGGCUGAAGAACACAGGCUACCCAAGUAUAUUUGUCAGCCAGAGAUCUGGUGGCCUUGUUUUGACCCAGGAGCGAUUCUCUUAUACUUCACUACCACAAAGGAGCUUCAGAAUACCCAUCACGUACACGACCAGUAUCGAUCCUAACUUCGAUAAUAUACAUCCUGAAGAUAUGUCUGACGGCACUCUUAUGCUAGACAUGAACUUGGGAGAAGAGGAUUGGGUAAUCUUUAAUAUUCAAGGUCAAGGCUACUACCGUGUGAACUACGCGGACGAUCUAUGGGAGCAGCUCAUCGAAGCGCUGAACGACCCCGACCAAAGAGAAGUCAUUCAUCCGUUGAACCGUGGCACUCUUGUAGAUGAUUCUCUAAACUUAGCACGCGCUAAUCGAUUGGGCUACGACGUAGCAUUCUGGGUGGUUCUGACAAUGGAACACGAGACGUCAUAUGCUCCUUGGAAGGCAUUCGUGAGAAACAUGGACUUCUUGAGAAAGCGACUGGUCGCGUUAGUCACUGAAGAUGAAGAUCUGGAUCCUGAUAUUUAUCUGAGAAUGGUGCGAAGAACAAUUGGUAGAGUUGAAAACGAACUUGGCUUUUACCCAGACCCGAAGAUAUCUGAGCCAGCCAUGGAUUCUCUCACCCGAGGUCUGGUCAUGGACCACGCUUGCAGAGCUAACUACCAGCCUUGUAUCGCGGCUGCUGUUGAUUGGUUCUACGGUCCAAACACCAAUGACGAACCCACGGUAAAUCCUGAUAUUCCCCAAGACAUUAGACCAGCAGUCUAUUGCACCAUGGUGAGGGAGGGAGACAACACUGUUAUCGAAGCUUUAGAGAGGAGAUUGGAGAUUGAGCCGACGCAGUAUGAACGUGUCGUGAUUUUGGAGUCAUUGGGAUGCUCGCGCGAUAUGGACUAUAUCAAUGUACUCUUGGAAUCAACUAUAGCAUCAGACUCCCCGUACAUGGUUGAGGAGAGGGUCAGAAUUUUGUCAUCAGUGAUAGAAAGCAGCUACGAGAACGCCCUGGUUGCUCUCAACUUUAUAUCGAGGAGAACUAAUGAAAUCAGAGAGAUGUACGGUGGCGCUGAAAGGUUGGAAGAAAUGAUAUUCCUUUUAGCUUCAAAUAUGGCUAACGAUUUCCUUGCGACAGAGUUCAACAACUGGAGAAGUGACAGAAACAACGCUUUGGGCGAUUCUCAAGAAGCAGCAGACAAAGCCUACGAUCUCAUCGUACAAAACUUAGCCUGGGAUGCUCUCCAUAUGGACUUUGUAUAUGAGUGGAUUGACGAAAAUGAUGGCCGUACUGUUGUAGUUUCAAUGUUUUUGAUGUGUUUAACAGCCUUCUUCGCGCUGUUUAAUCAUUAGAUACUAAUUCAAUACAUUUUUUUAAUUAUAACAUUAAAAUACAUAAUAUUAUAUAUUAGAUAAAAUAUUGUUAAAGCUUCUCACCUUAUGCAAUAUCGCAAAUAAUAAAAAGGGUUCUAUUUUUGAAAUACAUCUUGAGACAAUGGGGUAUUUUUUUAAAGACAAACGAAUAUCUAUUUUUGGUGAAUCAAAAAUUUCAAAAAUAGAACAUCAGUGCGGAAAUAUACAAGCCAGUAGUUUACACAUUGGCAUGCCUGUAGCUGGCACGUGCCAGUAGCUGUCACGGUGCGUACUCGUAUAGAUUUGCUGGCUAAAUUUACAUUGAUUCCCAUUUUUACUCGAUGUACCUCCCCCGUAUCAUAUGGUAUUACAUCCCUUGCGUGCUCUCUAUCCUCGGCUGUGCUUUUAAAGUUCUUCCUCGGUCUCUCUGGACCUCUUCUUCCUUUCACCUUUCCUUCAAAAAUAGUUUUCAACAAGGCGUCGUGUCGUAUCAAGUGGCCAAUCAUUCUUCCUCUUCUAUUUUCUAUUUCUGUCAGCAGUCUUCUUUUUUCGUUUACUAUUCCAGCACUUUCACUAUUACCCGCACGUAGUCUUUCAUGUUACAUUAAAAAAAUUCCAAAUUCCAAAUUUUUUAUUCAACUAGGAUGAUGUUGAUACAUUACUUAUUGACGUCAAAUUCAAUAUGUCAGUAAAUCAAAUUGCUUCUCCUCUACCGUACCAGCUACAAGCACGCAAGUAUUAAGCUGGAGCUAGUGGUUGGCAUGCAAGUGUGCAAGCUACUGCAUGUGUGUUUUAGCUUUAAUUUUAUUUUUCGUUCGUUUUGGUUUAGUGUUAUAAGAAUAUGUUGUUAUAUAAUAAUUUAGUAGUAAUUUUAUAAUUAUACCUAAUUUUUUAUUAUUUAAAUAUGAAACAAAUGCGUCCUCUUGUUUCAUAUUCAAUGUUAAAAAGUUAAUAAGCAUUAGAUAAUUUUAUG